GGCGAGUUCCUCAACAUGCAGACGCAGCAGUGCCAGAACUGUGCAGCGGGCACCUACUCUUUGGGCACCAGCGUGGCCUUUGACGAGUGGGACAAUCUGCCAACUGGUUUUGUCACUCAUGGGAAGGUGACAAGAGAGGGCAAGGCCAUUUCAGACUGCUCUAACUCCACCUGGACACCAAAAGGCGACUACGUAGCUUCAAACACAGACGAGUGCACCGCGACGCUGUCUUAUGCUGUGAACCUGAAAAAAACUGGAGCUGCGGCAUUUGAGUAUUUCUACCCUGACAACAGCAUCUACUUUGAAUUCUUUGUUCAGAAUGACCAGUGCCAGUCAACGGACUCUGAGAGCCGGUGGAUGAGGAUUUCAGAAAACAGCUGGAGCCAACACAAAGUGCAGCUGAGAAAAGGCAACAAUGUUCUGUACUGGAGAACCACAGCGUAUGAUCUGAGCAGUGCUGCCAAACCAGUGCUGCUAAGAAACGUUCAGGUCUCAGGGGUGUCCUACACAUCUGAGUGUUUCCACUGUAAACCCGGCACCCACAGCACAAAGCCAGGAUCUCCCCGCUGCACCCCCUGUCCUGCUGACACCUACUCCAACAAGGGUGCCACUGUUUGCCACGAGUGUGAAAAAGACAAAUACGCUGUACCCGGUUCAGGGAUCUGCGAACCAAGGCCUGCAUGUACACACAGUGACUACUUUUACACCCACACGCCCUGUGACUCUGAGGGAAAGACUCAGCUCAUGUACAAGUGGAUCCAACCUAAGAUCUGCAGUGAAACCAUCGAAGGGGCAGUGAAGCUUCCAGCCUCAGGAGAGAAGCAGUCCUGCCCGCCCUGUAACCCCGGCUUCUUUGCUAACAGCACCUCAGCCUGUGAGCCCUGCAGUAACGAUUCCUACUCAAAUGGCACAGUUUGUGCUACGUGCCCUGUUGGCACCGAACCGAUGCUGGGCUUUGAGUACAAAUGGUGGAACACGAUGCCGUCCAACAUGAAGAGCUUCAUUAUCCGUCACGAGUUCAGCAACUACAACCGACGCACAGCAUGGGAGGUGGCUGGAGAGUAUGUCUACACCCCCCCAGGGGAUCUGGAUACUGACUACCAGACGCUCACGUUCACUGUUCCUGGAUACAGGGCUGAGACCACGGUCAAAGAUACAGAAGUGAGGGAACUCUCCCGCAUCACCUUUAUCUUUGAGACUGUGUGUUCAGCUGACUGCAAGUUUUAUUUCAAGGCGGGUUAUAAUAGCUGGUUUGGCGAUGUGGUGGAGGAGUGGAAGGCUACCAACAGGAAGCAGUCGUACUCGUACCUGAUCCAAAACAACUACACAGUCAGCUUCAGCUGGCUGUUUCAACGGACUGAGAAAUACAACAUGACGAGGAGAUACAGCGCUGAUGCUGCAAAGAUCUACUCCAUCCACAUCACUAAUGUGGUUGGAGGUGUGGCCUCGCAGUGCCGCCGCUGCGCCCUGAUGUCCACUAAGGCUGACUCCACCUGCGUUCCCUGCCCUCCAGGACACUACAUGGUCGAAGCCACAGGAGUGUGUAAAAGUUGCCCUCCAAACACCUACGUCCGGGCCAGUCAGCCAGUUGGAAAGUCUGCUUGCAUCCAGUGUGGCCCCAACACAAAAAGAAACAAAGCCUUCACAACUUGUCUCAGUGACUGUAAAGUGGACGUUCAGACGAAGGGAGGGGUCCUGCUCAGCUACGAUUUCUCUCCCCUGUCCAAUGUCACCGGCUUUCGCAGCAGCCCUCGCUUCACCAACAAAGGCCUGCGGUAUUUUCAUCACUUUAAUUUGGGUCUGUGUGGGACGGAGAGACACAUGCCAGCCUCCUGUGUGGACAAUGUGACGGAGAACGGAAAAGUGGUCAAAGGUUACAUCUGUCAGUCUGUGGUGGUACCUUCUGACAUCAGGAGUCAGAGCAUGGUGUCCUCCCAGCCUUUUGUCAUCGGGGACUCACUCAUAGGUGUGACCACUGACACAACUCUGGAAGGUGUAACAUCUCCAUCAUGGCUGUUCCCUCCAGCUUCCCCUCAGCUGCCAGAUGUCAUAUUCUAUUACAGGUCAAACGAUGCAACUCAAGCUUGUAAACGAGGCAGGUCGGCCACCAUCAGAUUAAGAUGCAACCCCACAGUCACGGCUAAAGAUUACAUCACACAUCCAAGCAACUGUUCUGAGGGGACAUGCGAUGGCUGUAGUUUCCAUUUCCUGUGGCAGAGCCAGCAUGCAUGUCCACUCUGCACCAAAGAUCACUACAGAGAGAUCGUCAGUGCUUGCAUCCAGGGAAUACAGAGAACCACCUAUGUGUGGCAGCAGCCUCUCCAGUGUUACGGAGGAGAAUCACUACCAGCACAAACAGUCAGCGCAUGCGUGACUCUGGAUUUUUGGCUCAAGUUUGGCGUCUCCAUCGGCGCAUUUGCUGCCCUGCUGCUCAUCAGUAUCAGCUGUUACUUUUGGAAAAGGACACGCAAACUGGAGUAUAAGUACUCCAGAUUGAUGAUGAGCUCUGGAGGUAAAGAGUGUGAGCUACCCACGGCAGACAGCUGUGCAAUAAUGGAGGGAGAGGAUGCAGAGGACGACCUCAUGGAUCUCACCCAUAAGUCCUUCUUCAAGAAAAUUAAGUCUUUCUCACGAGAGAGAACAUCAGAUGGAUUUGACUCGGUUCCCCUCAAGUCAUCUUCACGCCACCAACACGAGGAGGAAGACUGCUGA